AUGGACGGAAAUGGAGGUUCGUGCGAAAUGGGAACUGUUGGGAUCAUCGAUUUCGGUCCUCCGACGGAAUCGGUGGUGGAUCUGACUGGUAAGGUCCAUCAGCUGCCAUGUUGUAUCAAGUACGACGGUCCUUGUUCUGUUUCUGACUACUUCAAACCCAAACCCACUGGGAUUGAAGUUGAUGGUCUUAAAAUAGAGGAAGCUUACUUCAGAGGAAGGAAGCUGCAAGGCACUACUAUUCCACUCCCAGAGGGGUAUUCCGGCUUUGUCAUAGGAAAGAAAAAUGCUGACAAGAACAAAGCUUCUGAUACGUCUGCAGAAAACUCGAAUUGCUGGCAGGUGAAUGCAAAAUUUCAAAANGAAAUGCAGGCUUUGUCAUAG